UCGGUUGCGGUUUUUUUUUUCUUCUAACAGCGUAAGCCUGCAUUUCUGAUACCUUAGUAAUUAUAAUUAAUGGAAUGUUUCAGAUGAAUAGUAGAAUAUUGAAAGCCCGCUGACCAACCUUGCAACCAUACAAUGGAAUCUUACAAACAGUUUGGGGAAAUUUACAAUGAGACUUGGGAUUUUGGAAAUUACCCGUUGAUGGAGGUAGUAAUUAAAAUUACCCCAAGGGUUUAAAAUAUUCCUGGUGGCCCAGUGGUAGAGGCGACAGCGGCGUCGGUCACCACACGAUAGGGGACCGGCUUUCAAAUCCCAUCUGGACCGUUCCCCCUUAGUGAGGACUUUCUACCCAACUACGUGGUAUCAAUAAGUCUAGCAAGCUAAUCGUUAAGUCAAGAACAAUUUCCAUCAACAUUUCCAAUCAAUGUUCGUGUACUGUAUACAAAAUUCCAUUAUAUGAUUGCAAAGUUCCACAGCAUGCUUGCAACAUUCCAUUAUCCAUUUGCAACAUUUCCCCAAAUGAUUCAACUAUUUUAUUACCACAAAUUGAUCACUUUUUACAUUAGUUUUAAAGAAAAUGGGUUUGCCAUUUUCCCCGCCUUAUUUUAAGUGCUUCUUCUUCUUCUUCUUCCGUAUGGAGAGAGUGUGUGCGUGUGUGUGCUGCGUGCGUGGUAUUAACCGUACGUUUACCGAGAGUGUUACACAAUCACAAAAUAAGCAAAGUGAGAGGAGCAAAUGGGAGGAGAGCGAGAGAGCAAAACAAAACAAACCAAGAAUAAAAUAGUAGGGUAUAAAUAAUGCAUACACUUAAUCUUAAUGGCGCAUCUGCAAAUCGGCGCCCUUGAACCGCUGCUGGUGGCCGGAGAUGGAUUUAACUUUAGCUAAUCGUUAUCAAAAACAAAACAAAAAAAAAACAAUGGAAACCCAAAAACACAAAAAACGCGUUUCUUCGUCAAAGCAAAGUAUUCUAUUUGUUAUUCUAGCUAAAACAAACAAAAAACAAACGAUGGGUAAGAUGGGAUGUGAAAAAAAAGCAAAAGGAAAAUCGUUUUCGCGGGUUUACAUUCGUGCAGAGUGUGUGAAUACAUAAUACUAUCGCUUCAUGUUUGAGAAAAUUGAAACUUAACACAAACCAUACACACACGCACGAGUGAAAGGGAAAUUUCGGGGUGGGUUGGGUGGGACAUACUAGUGAUGGAUGUAAGUGUUCCGGUGGUGGGAAAGAAAAACCUUGUUGAGUGUUGUUAAAAAUAAAAGAAAAAAUAAUAAAACAAUUAUUUAACUAAUGUUUACACCGCGACAAAAACAAAACAGACAGUCUACACAGAACACAAAACGCUAAAAAAAACAUCAUGAAUGCUGGUGUGGCAAUAUGGCCGUUUAGUGUAGUGGAGAAGACAGAAACAAUGGCAAGCAAAUCGGACAACAACCGGGGGCGGUAUAGAGCAAAAGUAAUGGAAGCUAUAAAACAAGGUGAUAUUUACAUUUAGAUGCGAUCGUAAACCCAUAUCAUUCCCCUUUUUCCCCCUCCACACACACACACACACGUCACAUACUAUCCUACAGGACAUACAAUUCCAUCGCAUACAAGUUUAGCUGGGAGACCAUAUCGUGCUGUAGGUGGCAUUUUCCAUUUUGGUGUGUAAGAUUGUGUGAGGCGUAAAAUCUAUCUUCAUUUUGCGGUUCAAGAAAGGAAUGGAAAAACGAAAAAAAAAUUCCGAAAAAAUACCUUUCAACCUUUACAAUGUUGGUGAAAGAAAAGCUUAGCAAAACGAACAAACAAAAACAGAUAAACAUAAAUCAAACAAACUGCGCCACCAUCAUGCUUCUCUUAAGUGCUGUUUUCACGAAAUGUCUAGCAAGCGAAAAAUAGUAAUGCAUCAGAGAAAAACACACACACACACACAAAAACCGAUAAGUUAAAGUAUUAUAUAUUAAAAACUAAUAAACACUAAAGACAAACAAGAAAAAGACACGAAAAAAAUGCAUUAAACAUACAACAGAAGAAAAAUGUUAAGCCGACAAACAGGAAAGGAAAAAUAUCUCAAAUAAUGCGAUCACGGUGAGCAUCAACGUGCGUCAAUCAAAUCGCAAACAGUAGUUUAGUGCUAUGUAAAGACUUACAACACGCUAUCACUAAUGAGGAAGCAAAUACACAAACAAAGACGAUGUGUGAAAAUAAAACAAAACACACACAAAACGGAUUAAGCGCUGUAAACAAAGCAUGCAGAAGCACCCACCAUUAAACCAUUUAACCCAGGGCCAAGGUGGGAUGGGAACAGAAGAGAGAGA